AUGUCAGCAUCUGUUUCAGUCAACGACCCCAACUCGUUCUCCUACUUCAAAUGAGUUGAUGACAACUGUCGGUUUUGUAAAACCUUACCUAGUUGGUAUCCAGACCCGGCAUUAAAAGAUCUGUGAAGACUAUCAGUUGUUUGUGUCAACAGUGGGAGGCAUGGAGAAGCUUCAAAAGAGGAGAGCCAUUGCCCGAAUGUAUGCAACCUGCACCUCCAACAAUCUGAAGGACCUCGAUAAACCAGACGCCAGUGUCAUCAAAUUACAAGCUGCCAUAGACGACUUUGAUCGAUGUCUUGACAGUUUGGAUGAAAUACAAACAGCUGUAGAGGUGGAGACUGACCCUGAGAAUUUGGAGGAAGAACUGGAUGUUGCCUUCGAGUUCCGUCGAGAAGUCUGUAGGCCCAGGGUGCAAGCUAUGCAGCGGCUAAUGUUGAUAAAAAGUGAAAAGGCAGACCCUUCUGCUUCGUCACUUGGGAUGAGAAAGAUGUCAGUAUGUGUAAAAUAUCCCAAAUUAGAGUUACCAAAGUUCAAAGGAGAUGUAACUCAAUGGCAGUCAUUUUGGGAACUCUUUGUGACCUAUGUGCAUGAUUCUGACUGUCCAGUGGAGCAUAAAUUUAUCUACCUGCAGAUGUCAUUAGAAGGAAAAGCCAAAUCGGUUAUAAAGGGCCUUGCACUCACCGAAGCAAAUUACCAAGUUGCUUGUGACCUACUGAAAGAAAGAUUUGGAAGACCUAAGCUGAGAAUAUUUGCACAUAUGAUGGCAAUUUUGAAUUGUAAUAUUCCAGUAAAAAGUAGGGGACCAAAGUAUGUGUCCUCUUUGUGGUAUUUACAUAAUGAAUUGCUAUCUCAUAUCAGUAGUCUGAAAGAAUUAGGAGUGUCAGGACACCUUUAUGAAUUGAUCCUGACCCACGUUGUCCUGUCACGUCUUCCUCAUGAGCUGAGGAUGGAGUGUGCUAGAGAGGUUGACGGCCUUGAAAGUAAUAUCAGUUGGAUAUUUCAUUUUUUUCGAAGACAAAUUGAGAGAAUUGAGAUAUCAGAAACCUUCAAGAAUGUUUGAUAGGGAAAACAGAUGGAAAGUUGUGGGCUUGGAGAAAAGAAGAGUUGAUAGUGCAGAACCUCCUUUAGAAAAUUGGAGUCCCCGAGUGAAUCAUGUUGUAGUGACUUAGCAAUAUGUUACCAAAAACUAGCUGUUGCAUAGGUAGAGUAAAAGUGUAUGGUGAUUGCAGAGUAUUUUAUGAAGCCACCUUGUUUAAUACAGGCUCUGAUAGGUCAUAUGUUUUCAGUAACCUUGUGAAGAAAGUGAAGCCCAAAUGAACCUGUCAUAUGCAGGUAAACAUAGUAAUAUCUUUGACAUGAAAUUAAUAGGUUUACAUACUGUAAAACAAUUAAUUAGAAGUUGUACACCAUUAACCAACCCCCGUAUCAAAUGUAAGAUUUCUGUGCACCGGACAGCAUAAUUGUCAAUGAUUGUUGUUCACAUUUGAUGUGCAUUACAUCCACAUGUGCCAGAGGUGCCUUAAUGAAUAAAUAUAUCUAUAUCUAUCUAUCUAUCUAUCUAUCUAUCUAUCUAUCUAUCUAUCUAUCUAUCUAUCUA